UUGGGUCCACGGUCAUGUUGGGCACCUUGUCCAGUUGAUCUCUCUCCAGAGGUUGUACCAGAGGUCCUGCUCACCAUGAAGCUGCUCUUCCAGACGCUGUGUCUCUGCCUGGCCCUGGGCCUCGCCAUCUCGCAUCACGGGGGGGAACAUUUACAGGCAGAUGAACCAGCACAUGACCACUCCCAGCACCAUGGCGCUGUGCUUGACCGCUGUGAUGGAAUGGAGAUGGACGCUGUGGCAGUUACUGAGAUAGGAACACCAUACUUCUUCAAAGGCGAUCACCUCUUCAAAGGCUUCCAUGGAAAGCCUGAACUCUCCAAUGCGUCCUUCUCUGAGCUGGAUGACCAUCACCACCUAGGGCAUGUGGACGCUGCCUUCCGCAUGCACGUUCCUGAUGCUCCCGAGCACCACGACCACAUGUUCUUCUUCCUGGACACCAAAGUGUUCAGCUACUUCAACCAUACCCUGGAGCCCGGCUAUCCUAAGGACAUCAGAGAUGUCUUCCCUGGGGUCCCCGACCAUCUAGAUGCUGCUGUGGAGUGCCCUGAAGAGGACUGCAAGACCAACAUGAUUCUCUUCUUCAAAGGUGAUGAUAUCUGGCACUACGACAUCAAAACCCAGAAGUUAGACGAGAAGGAGUUCACCAGCAUGCCCAACUGCACCUCUGCCUUCCGCUGGCUUGGCCACUACUACUGUUUCCAUGGUCACCAGUUCUCCAAGUUUGACCCAAUGACAGGAGACGUACAUGGCAGAUACCCCAAGGAUGCGCGCGAUUACUUCAUGAGAUGCCCAAAGUUCGGUGAUUCCACUAACCACGUGGAGAGAGAACAGUGCAGCCAUGUGCACCUUGAUGCAGCUACAUCUGAGGAUAAUGGCAAUGUGUAUGCAUUCAGAUCCCACCACUUCCUGCGUAUGGAGGGAGAGAAAUUGCAUUCUGAUACCAUUGAAAGUGCCUUCAAGGAACUGCACAGUGAACCAGAUGCUGUCUUCUCCUAUGAAGGCCACAUGCACAUGAUCAAGGACAAUGAAGUGUUCGUCUACAAGAUUGGGGAGCCACACACACAUCUGGAAGGCUACCCCAAAUCCCUGAAAGAUGAGCUUGGUCUUGAUGGACCUGUGGACGCAGCUUUUAUUUGUCAAGAUCACCACAUUGCACAUGUGAUCAAAGGUCAAACUCUUUAUGAAGUGGACAUGAAGGCAACACCUCGUGUACCCAUCAAGGACGGCCCCUUCCCCCUCUUCAAGUACGUGGAUGCUGCUAUGUGUGGCAAAGACGGAGUCAAGAUUAUUGUUGGCAACCAUUUCUACCACUUUGAGAGCCUCAAGGCCAUGCAAGAGGCAACAGCUGCUCCUGAGUCCAAGAGAGUGUCCACAGAGCUGUUUGGCUGCGACCACUAGAUGGAGCCAAAGGGUUACUUGGAAGAGUGGGCUUGGGCUGUCUACAGGAGAGACAGACGCAUGUGAAGCAAACUCCAUCUAUCACCUCCCAGACCAAAAGCACGAGCCCAGCUAGUCUCUCUCACUUAGGGGCAUUACCUGUCCCCCUCUUAAUGCCCUCUUAGAGUUGAUGUGUACUUCUACCUCUGAUUAUACUGCUCUGUUCUUCUCACCAACAUACUUUCUUGCACAAUCACACAGACUGCAUUAAAUGUUUUCCAUGCCACUGGUUUGUUGAGUUUUGGACAUACCCAAUAGUUUGUUCUUCUUUUCUUUAAGACCAAGAGAACAUUCUAAGAUAUGAUUUUGUUGACAGACAUUAGUGCCUUGUGGUUUCACAAAUAAACCUGAAUUACAUCA